GCGGUUGCGGAACCCGAGAACUGCGACGAGCUCUGCUAUGCCGACCCGGACGCGGAGAGGUGGGCCCAGCUCGCCGAGACUGGCGCCAAGCCUCCGCCCGACGUAACGAAGGGGAACCUGCGCCUGCAGGGCAGCUUCUCCGGAAAGGCGACCACCCACAGCCACCAGAUGGACGUGAACAUCGGAGUGGACUUCGAAAUGCCCAGUAAGGUGGCUGCGAAGACCAUGAAGCAGCUCUCGGAUUCGGGCAUCACCCUGCCAGAAGAGGCCGAAGAGGCCUUAGCUCAGCCCCGCCGCUCGCUCUUCG